CUUUUUAGCGAAAACUUUUUCGCAUCUCGCAACAUGUAUCCUGGCUUUUACAGUCGAAUCGCUCACCGUUUGCUGCGACUCAUGAGCUGCUUGCUUCGAUUUGCGUGCGUGCCGUUUCCAUCGAAUGCUCGACAUGAAGACCGAAUCAUAUGCCUUUACCAUGGAAUCACGUGCCGAUGUACAUGGAUUUUCGAUUGCUCCUGUAUGAAGUAUUUGGUGUAAUGAACAGACCGGUUAGUUCGUUACCAUUAGAAAACAUUUCGUCGGCAAUUUUAUACGAACAAACGGCUAAUAAACCGUAAAUGACGAAAAACUGUGUAGUACAAUACCAACAUCGAACAGUACACAAGACCAGUUUUCAGAGUUUAGUGGUGAUCUAUACAUUAAACUAGCGGAAAUAAAUGGGUUCGAACGGCGAAGAAAAUUUAGAAAAGUUUAUGAAGCUAUUAGUUUACAUUUUUCUUUUUCAAUAUGUGAAUUUUUCGUUGAAUUCUUGGCAAUAGUUGGUCUGUAUCGUUCAUUUUUACUUUGACACAAUAUGUAAAACACGUGUGAAAUAGUUUAAAAUAAUGCUUUCCAUUGCGUUUAGCGAUUAGACCAUAGGGUCGCUCUUUCGAUGGUAAUGGCACGCAAGUCGAAGCAAACGGUGAGCGAUUCGACUAUAACUGUAAACAGGUCGUAAUAUUAAUAUUACGAGUUAAUGGCGCCGACGACUAUACAAAUGAUACUUCACAUUUUCCUUCAAAGAUUUGAACAAAAGAUUUUGUAACAACAGAAAAGUAUAAUUUUACAUCAUUUAAAUAUUUUGCAUAAUGGCUUUAAUUGUCAUGGGUGGAACGGUUUAUUUCACUUUUCAUAUCAAUUGUGGCUAAGGCCACAACAGUUCGCCAAAAAAUGGCUAAUUAUAUAAUAUUGGUUCGGAACAAAUUCGUUAUGAGAGGGUUGACUGUAUUACUACUACCGUUGUGUGCAUUCAUAACUAAUAUACCCAUGGAUCGAGAGGCAUUAUUUUAUGCUACAAGUUUCAACAUUUUUUGCUGCAUUUAAUGCACAAAAAUAUGGUUGUGCAAUUUUGGAGCGAACCUGUUCAUUGAAAAAUUGCACGAUACUUUGUUUCUGGUUUGGACUUUUUUCCCAACACUUCGGAACAUGUGUGAUUUGUUCUGUUUUGUUAUAUUUUUCCGUUUUCGGCAGGGGAAAUAGUUUUCCCGUUUGCCAAACAUUCAUUUUCCCACCAAGCGCGCUCUUCAUGUAUACAUGUGUAUGGAUGUGUCCAUGUGAUUCAUGUUAAUCCCCCCCCCCCCCCCCCCCGUAUCGAUUGGGCCGCUUUCGCCUCUCGCCAUCAUCGAGUCACACUAAUUAAUUCACAUUAUUUUUUCUUGUUUUUUAUUUAUUUUCAGGAUCUAUGUAUAUCUCGUAUUGUUUUUGUUUCUCUCUCUCUCUCUCUUUCUAUCUUUCUCUAUUUCUCUUUUUGUUCCAUCCACCUUCUUGCGUGUGCCGCCCAAAGGCGCAAAACCGCGCUUUCUAUGCAAAACAUACCGCCCAAAGAACGAUAUACAAGCAAUCCGCUACUACUACUACUACUAUCACCACGAAAAAAAAAAACAACUAUUGUUCCUUCGUCAUCAUGAUACAUUUUGAUUGUUUGCAAUGCAAGAGCCCAACAAUGAAUCCGUUGGCCUGUCUACUACCACCAACACCUAGUGUGCCUACUGCUAUAUCUCCACUACUACUGCUACUACCAUCACCAUCAACCACUACUACUACUACUACUACUACUACUGCCCACGCAUAAUCCAAAGUUCGUUUCGUUCGUCCUUUUGAUGAUUUUUGCAUCACACGUACAUCACGCCUCGAUGCGUGUACUGCGCGUGGUCGCGAUUGGUUGGUAACAAGAACUCGAAAUCGCGCCCCCGCUCUCUGAACAGUCCGUAGCGUGCUAAUGAACAGAAAUGAACCUAAAGGUUGUAUCCUGUACACACACACACACACACAUUCACAGCACAUGGCGCGAAAUGUAUGAACAGGUGUGAACUUGUGUGUGCACAGCCUCACGCGCAAGUUGACUCCCCUCCCCCCUACAGAUCCAUGGAAGAGAACCGAAAAUUCUACCGUACAUCGCGCAGCCGGUGUACGAUCUGCGGCAGAUCGGCGAUGUGGCGUUCGGACCGGGCACGCGUUCCGCCCUGCUCGGGAUAUUGGGUGGCGCAUUGCCCCGGCUGACAACGGAGCAGAUCGAGCUAGUGUCGCGCGCCAAGAAGUACGCCAUGGAGCAGAGCAUCAAGAUGGUGCUGAUGAAGCAAACGUUGGCCCAUCAGCAGCAGCAGCUGGCCAGCCAGCGCACGCAAGUGCAGCGCCAGCAAGCACUGGCUCUUAUGUGUCGUGUGUACGUUGGCAGUAUUUCCUUCGAGCUGAAGGAGGACACCAUCCGUGCGGCUUUCCUACCAUUUGGACCGAUUAAAUCGAUCAACAUGUCCUGGGAUCCGUUCACGCAGAAGCACAAAGGGUUCGCGUUUGUCGAGUACGAAAUACCGGAAGGGGCGCAGCUAGCGCUGGAGCAGAUGAACGGCGCUAUGCUCGGUGGGCGCAACAUUAAGGUUGGCCGUCCAAGCAAUAUGCCGCAGGCACAGCAGGUGAUCGAUGAGAUUCAGGAGGAGGCAAAAAGUUACAAUCGCAUCUACAUCGCUUCGAUCCAUCCGGAUCUGACGGAGGAGGACAUCAAGAGUGUGUUUGAAGCGUUUGGGCCCAUCAUGACGUGCAAGAUGUCGCAGGGCAAUGCCGUACAUACGCACAAAGGGUACGGGUUCAUCGAGUAUCAGACGAACCAGUCGGCGAUUGAAGCGAUAGCCAGUAUGAAUUUGUUUGAUCUGGGCGGACAGCUGUUAAGGGUUGGUCGAUCAAUUACCCCACCGAACGCACUAAUGGGACCAGCGGCAAACUCGGCCAUGCCUACGGCGGCAGCCGUGGCGGCCGCUGCUGCUACAGCCAAAAUACAAGCGAUGGAUGCCGUGGCCACUAAUGCGGUGCUGGGACUGUCCGCCACUACGCCAGCGCUCAAGGUGGGUCUCACCGGCCUUCCGCUUAAUCCAGCCAUCACGACGGCAGCCAGCGCAGGGUUCGUCGCACAAGCACAGUUGGCCGCCGCGACACAGGCCGCCGCCGCCAUCAACAGUCAGCCGGGUUUGCUGGUGCCGCCCGUUUCGCUUGCGCCCUCGCUGCUGGUAAAUCCGGUGCUCGGUGCCGCAGCCAAACCUCUCCCCACAGUAUUGAGCCAAGCGAAUCCGGCAGCAGUGGCAGCGGCGGCGGCCGCGGCAGCAGCAGCAGCAGCCGCGGCGGCUGCCGCUCCCAACGCAACCGCCGAGGAUGUGUACAAGAAGGCACAGGAGAAGCAGCAGGAAGAGUUGCAGAAAAAGUUGCUCGAGGAGGGUGAACCACAGACAUUGCAGCAGCAGGAAUCGAUGUCGAUCAAGGGCCAGAGCGCUCGGCAUCUGGUAAUGCAGCGGCUAAUGCGGCCGCGCGAAAGCAAGGUGGUGAUACUGCGCAACAUGGUCGGACCGGAGGACGUGGACGAGACGCUGCAGGAGGAGAUUCAAGAUGAGUGUAGCAAGUAUGGUGCCGUGGACCGGGUUAUUAUCUACAAGGAGCGCCAAUCGGAGGGCAACUUCGCCGAGGACGACAAUACGGACGUGAUCGUAAAGAUCUUCGUCGAGUUCUCGCAGGCCACCGAAGCAGAUAGAGCCCGCGAGUCACUGAACGGUCGCUAUUUCGGCGGCCGGUUGGUCAAGGCGGAGUCUUACGAUCAAGCUCUCUUUGACCACGGCGAUUUGUCUGGCUAAACCGAUGGGGUGGGGGGCGUGUGGGCGAGAGAAUACCAUCCCGCAUUUUAUUGCCGCUCUCGCAGCACGAUGAUGAUCCGUGCAUCGGCUUGCGAAGCGAAUAAUGUGUGUGUGUGCGUGUUGUUUACAUGGAUAGAAGGAACUGCAUGGGUCAUGUACGUGUGUUGGUCAUUUGCUAUUGAAAUAACAAACCGUUUCAUGCUGUGCUGUCCAAUUGGAUGCAAAAAUAUGCCAUGCUCUUUCUCUGUCCAGGGAGCAGUGCGACCGCGUCGUCGAUUUGCCAGAGAGAUUGUACCGAACAGUUUGUGUCACUUGAACCAUUGCAUUACCACCAAUACUACCGGCCCCACUCAACUUGGAUCCCUUUUUGAAAUGAGGAAAAUAAGGGUUUGCUGCCCCUUGCUUUUUUCGUUGAACCACAGUUGUAUGGUUCGUUUUCAUUUUUUGAAUAACGCAAGCAUAAGAUGAGAGGAUUAAUAUACACCUUUAUAACUAAACACAGUGCAUACGGGCACUGUCGAGUUUUGAAUUCCGAGGGAAGGAAGAAAUUUGAAUGCGUUUGAAAUGAGCAUCGAGUGCAUCGUCAUUUAGCAAGCGCAUUACAGUGCAGGAGGUGGAUACAUUAAGAUAUGCAUACAUACACUCUCACACACACACACCUUCUCUCAUUGAUGUGGUGAUUAGUCUCUUCUUAAGGAUAACCAUAAGUAUGCUACAUUGAGACGAAUUGUGUGUAACAUGAACGCAAUAUUUAGAGAAACCCAUGGAAUUAACAAUAUUCAUAAAUUUUGAGCGUCACACCACGUCGCCCCGGUAUAAUAUAUUAUCAUUUAAUUGUAUAUACACAUAUGGGAGGGUCUAAUGAACAACUCGUUAGAACUUCCGACUCUACUUGAUCAAGCAAAUAUAGGACUAAUGUCUCACAAA